AUGGCAAAGUUUCGUGUAAUCUUUCUUCUUUCAGUACUAGUAGUACUAGGCCAUGCUUCGGCCAGGAACGUGCCGGGGAGUGUCGAUCAUCAGCAAACCAAUACAGUGCACGUGCCGAAGGCGCCGGCUCCAGCGGAGGGCAAGGGCGUCAAGGACAAGAAGUGCGGCUUCGGCUUCGCCGGGGUUGGCGGCGCUGCCGGGAUCGGCGGGGUGAUUCCCCUGGGUGGGAUCGGGGGAGUUGGUGGCGUGGGAGGGCUUGGCGGUGCUAGUGGGCUCGGAGGGCUUGGUGGGCUGGGGGGUGUUGGCGGGCUGGGUGGCGGCAUUGGAGGUGUCGGCGGUGGGGUUGGUGGCGCAGGCGGCGGAGUUGGCGGAAUUAUUCCCUAG